AUGAGAGACCCAAACCACCUUAUCCUCCAAAUCCCAACCUCUGUUCUUAUCAAUUGCAUGGCCUCUCUAUCAAUCAGCCCAAUAUUAAACCUCUUUAAUCAUAAACCCAGAAAUUCCUCAAUUUCUCUCAAAUUAAACACAACCCAAAUUCCAGAAAAUCAUACAAGUAAAAGGUCUUGUUUCACAGAUUUCUCUUCUCUUUCCAGAAAUGGGCGAAUUACAGAAGCUGUACAUCUUUUCUCUCAAUUUCCCAACAAUGACGUCCAAAUUGGCCCUGAAUUUUACGUUGAAUUAUUACAACAAUGUACAAAUUUGCCAGAUUUUUUUCUGGGUCAGCAAAUUCAUGCGCUAAUCAUUAAAAAAGGUGAUGUUUUUGCAAGAAAUGAGUAUAUUCAGUCUAAAUUAGUCAUAUUUUAUGGAAAAUGUGAUGAAUUAGAGCUUACUAAUCGUUUGUUUAGCAGAUUAUUUGUUAAGAAUUUAUAUUCAUGGACUGCUAUAAUUGGGUUAUAUUCUAGGAUGAAAUUAAAUGAGCAGGCUUUAAUUUGUUACUGUGAAUUUCUUGAAAAUGGGUUUUUUCCUGAUAAUUUUGUGAUUCCUAGUGCAUUAAAAGCAUGUGCUGCUGAUCAAUUUCUAGGGUUUGGGAAGGGAAUUCAUGGGUAUUUAAUUAAAGUGGGUUUUGAUGAUAGUGUGUAUGUUGCAAGUAGUUUGGUUGAUAUGUAUGGAAAAUGUGGUGUUCUUGAAGAUGCAAAGAAGGUGUUUGAUGAAAUGUCUGAGAGAAAUGUUGUGGUUUGGAAUUCAAUGAUUGUGGGUUAUGUUCAAAAUGGAAUGAAUGAGGAAGCAAUUCAAUUGUUUUAUGAGAUGAGAACUGAAGGGGUUGAACUGACUAGGGUCACUAUGUCGAGUUUGCUCUCAGCAUCGGCGAAUUUAGGAGUUGUUGAAGAAGGUAGGCAAGGGCAUGCUCUUGCCGUUAUAUAUGGCUUGGAAAUGGGUAAUAUUUUGGGAAGUUCAUUGAUUAACUUUUACUCUAAAAUUGGUUGGGUAGAGGAUGCUGAACUUGAAUUCUCAAGGAUGGUGGAGAAGGAUGCAGUUACUUGGAAUUUGCUGAUUUCUUGCUAUGUUCAGAAUGGUUUGGCAGAAAAUGCUGUUAAUAUGUGUCGGUAUAUGAGAUUACACGGUUUAAGAUUUGAUUGUGUGACUAUGGCUUCUUUGAUCUCCGCUUGUGCUGAUACUGGUGACAUUAAAUUUGGUAGGGAGGGGCAUUGCUAUUGUAUUCGAAAUAACCUUGAUACUGAUGUUGUUGCAGCUAGCAUGGUCAAUAUGUAUGCGAAAAGUAAGGAAAUAGAUAAUGCUAGGAGAGUGUUUGAAUAUUCAGUGGAGAAAGAUCUUGUAUUAUGGAAUGCACUCUUAGCUGCUUAUGCAGAACUAGGCUUAAGUGGCAGAGCUCUGGAGUUGUUUUACCAGAUGCAGCUGCAGGGUUAUCACCCAAACGUGAUAACUUGGAACUCCAUACUUCUUGCACUCUUGAGGAAUCAUUUGGUAGAUGAGGCGAAAAAUAUGUUCUUACAAAUGCGUUCCGCUGGUAUUGAACCUAAUGUCAUAACUUGGACUACUCUUAUUACGGGUUUAGCUCAAAAUGGGCUUGCCUUGGAGGCAAUAUUAUUCUUUCAGCAAAUGCAAGAAUCUGGAGUUCAACCUAAUACCGUGAGUCUAACUGGCGUGCUUUUAGCUUGUAUAGAUAUGACAUCCUUGCUGCUCGGAAAAUCAAUUCAUGGAUAUGUCAUGAGACGAUGCUAUGAAUCUUCUAUAGAAAUUUCAACUUCUUUGGUGGACAUGUAUGCUAAAUGUGGAUGCAUAUCUCAUGCAAGGAAAGGCAUAGAACCUAAUUAUGUAAUCUUCACCAUCAUCCCUUCAGCUUGCAGUCAUGGAGGACUGGUUGACAAGGGGUUGGAAAUUUUUGUUGAUAUGGAUCACUACCCUGCAUGCAAGGAACAUGGUCUGAUUGAACUUGGGGAAUAUGUUUCGACAUACUUACUCCAACUUGAACCCGAUAAUACUGCAAAUUGUGUAGUACUUUCGAGUGUAUAUGCAUCUGCUGGAAGAUGGACUAAAGCAUUGGAAUGGAGAGAUUUGAUGAAUAGAAGGGAUCUGGACAAGAGUCCUGGGUGCAGUUGA